AUGUUCCCUAUCCGACCAACUUUACCUUUAUUCCAUCCGGAUGCCUUGAGCUUUCCAUUAUGGAAUCAUCUAAUGUUCUCAGCCCGACCAAGUUCAGUAGCAUUUGAUAUGCCAAAAACCUCUUUACCUACCGCAGUUGAGCCUAAAGAAGCUAUAUUGACUAUUAUUCCUGGUGUGGCUAAAGAAGCAAAAGAUAGAAAGCAAGUUUCUAUGAAAUGUAUAGAUGAAGCCAUACCAAUGGGUAUGAAUCAAAAUGUGUCUGGUCUGAUGCUUCUAAAUGUCCAUGUUGGGAAUCAACGAUUUGUCUCAAUCAUUUGUAUAAGAGAAGAAGGCAUAGAGGAAGGAGCUGAACUGAAAAUGCCCACGUGCUGGCUUCCAUACUGCCGCGAAGAUGCCUUGGGCAAUUUUCGGUCCGAUACAGUACUUCGAACAAUUGCAUGUGGAGAAGAAAUUGUGUUAAGACCAAGUACCCCCAAUGUAGAAUUUAAAAAAGAAACAAUCGACGUUACUUCCAUAAUUGACCAAAAGGCCACUAAUUCAACAGCAGCAGAUUGCGGAGGGUUUGCUUGUGAACGAUGUGGAAAGGUAUUCAGUUAUGCUUACUACAGAGAUAAGCAUCUCAAAUAUACAAGAUGUGUGGAUAAUGGAGAUCGUAAAUUCCCUUGUCCUAUAUGUAGCAGAUCUUUCGAGAAGAGGGAUCGUUUACGGAUUCAUAUUCUACAUGUACAUGAGAAUCAUCGGCCUCAUUGUUGUAACAUAUGUGGCAAAUCAUUCAGCCAAAGCAGCAGUUUGAAUAAGCACUUGCGAGUUCAUUCUGGUGAAAGACCAUACAAGUGUCCUUUUUGCCCAAAAGCCUUCACUGCUUCUUCCAUUUUACGGACACAUAUCAGACAACAUAGUGGAGAGAAGCCAUUUAAAUGUGCUCAUUGUGGAAAGCCAUUUGCUUCUCAUGCUGCUCAUGACAGUCAUGUACGCAGGACUCAUCUUGUUAAUAAAUCCUGA